AUGUGCUUCAACGUGGAAGAUGUAUCCGUUGAAGAGCUCCCUGACAUGAUAGCUGCAGAGAGAUAUGCCUUUGAGACUCCGCUGCAACCUAUUUUCCGUUUAUACUGCCCGAUUAUCGACAACGAUCGCGAAAAGGCCAUUGCUGACACCGCAGCCAAAGAGCAAGCACGAGCAAGAAACCCAGACGUCAACGAGAAAGACAUGUGGAUCAAAGCUGUUAGCUCACAAGAGUCCGAAACCGACGAGAAACUCGUCGGUGGUGCGCAGUGGAUCUUUAUCUCGAAUGGAUCAAGCGAUCUUAAAGACCAUAUCGAGUCACUAGCCAAGCGUCAUCCUGAGGGAGGGGCCAGACUCUUCGCAGAGCAAUCCUUCCGAAUCCUUUGCGAAUGCGAAGAACGAAAUCGAUUAGGAAUAACUGGAACCGGCCCGUAUGCUACACUCGGCAGCUUUUUCACACUGCCAGAAUAUCGAAAGCUGGGGAUAGGUCAUCUGCUUAUGCAGUGGGGACUGGAAAAGGCUGAUGAAAAGGGCUUGGAUGUAUGGAUUGAAGCUGCCCCGCCGGCAGUUCCGUUUUAUGAGCGCCACGGCUUUAUACAAAAGGAGGUCACCCAUUUGCAGCCACGACAGCCAGAUGGUCUCUCGGAGAAGGUUGCUGCGGAAUGGGACGCCACGGCCAAGUCGCUUUUGCCUAUAACUGCCGUUACCAUGUGCCGGUUGGCAGGGAGUCACUGA